GUUUGUUUAAAUACCACGUUAAUUUUGAUAUUAUGUAUAAAAAGUUCAUAUAAGCUUUUUCUUUGUUGUCGUUUUCACAUUCUCUUUAGCUCAUCCGCAUUAAGUGACAUAUGCAUUUCUUUGUAAAAACAAAGAAAUUUCCAUCCUUUCAUACUUUUGCUUCGUAGCAUAUUACUUGUAUACUUUUACCAAAUACAACCAAGAGUCCACGCAGCUUCGACUUGCUUUGCUCCUACAAAGUCCUGAAUAAGCAACCUCAUUUGCCUACCACAACAAUAUCCAUAACAAAAAAAAGGAAACCUGGAAGUUACUCAUCGAGGAAGAAUUCUCUGAUUUUUAAAAAUAAUUGGAUUUGUUUUAACAAUUGAAACUCAAAAAGGGAGAGAAUCGGUCAUUUUAGGCGAAUUGACAACUUUGAAGUCUUUGGGCAUUCUUUUCAAAGAAAAGUGAAAGAUAAACGAGGCUCUUACUCCUCUAUCAAUUGAAACUUUAAUUAUUAUUAAAAGUCGUUCGUUAAAACCGUUGCGUUUCACUGAACUAAAACAAAGAGCUAAAGUUGACACUGAUUCUUCUGAACCCAAAUUCGAGGGCUGACUGUAAAUUCUUUUCUACAUUUGAAAAAAAAACACCUCAAAUUUGAUACUUAAAGGAUUGCUCCUGCUAAUUUCCACUAACAGAGCCCUGCUGAAUUUGUACAUAAAAAUAAAACAUUAAAGUGCGCUAAUCAAAAUCCAGUAACUGGUCUCUCUGUUGUGUAUUUAUGCUAUGUCUGUACGUUAUGGCUUUGAAAAUCUGGAUCGCAUGAAACGUUUAACUCAUGCAUUGAGAGAUGAUGAAUUGCGACGGAAAGAGAAUUUUGGGAAGAACAAGGUCUUACCUGAACAUUCAAAUUCAUUUAAACUUUCUAAUGAAACAUGCCUUGAUACAGCGUCGUCUCCAAACGCAAAACAAUUGUCUACUUCUGCAAAAGUACUAAGUAAAAUAGCCAAAAGUCCUUUCCGCUCUGAUACUCUAAAAGAAGAACCUCGUUCGGUUGAUCCGCAUGUACUUGUUCGUGCUCCCUAUCGUCCUAAAGAAGUUCGUUCUUGGCGUUCAAAGUACUCACGGCAUAGUCGUGCUUCGCGUCCUGCAAAGACGUCCUCAAAAAGAAGUAACUAUGAAGCUACUUCUAUGAAAAGAACAAAGUCCCUUCCUAGUAUGCCUCGUCCUUCUUAUUUACCGCCUCCGAAGGCUUCAGUUGUCUGUGUUUCGCUGGUUGUACAACCAGAUGGUGCUGCAUCUUUGGUUUCAGAGGACAUGAAUGAUAUGUCCAGGAACCAAGCAAACGAAAGCUGUCUCAAUUCGAUCAGCUCGGUUGAAAGCGACUUUUUAUCAACAAAUCUUACUAGUAACUCUGAUUUUAUUUCAAGUGAUCUGGCGGAACCUUACAGUUUCAUAGACGAUCUAGGAAUUGGGAUGCAGCGUUCUGUGACUUGGUCACCUGGUUUCAAACCUUUUCAGAAUGAUACUCCUUCAAAAUAUUUGGCUUGUCAGUCAGAAUUCCCUCUAGAGUGUGAGGUACGUGAUCCAUUUUACCCGAAAAAUCCUAUCCAGGUAGAUUCUAUAUCAUCGGGGAAACAAUUUUUUGGUAAUUUUCCAUAUCCGGAUACAUUUGAGGAUCCCUAUAGCUCGGAAAUGUGUGAUCCUGGAUCAUCUCUAAUGGGUUCCCAUUCAGAGCCUGCUUCUGAGUCCGUGACGAUGGGUGGGGAACCUAUGAGGCUUUGCUUUAGCGAUAGCACACUUUGCGAUGCUCGUGUUGCGGCAAAACAAGCAUUGAUACAUCGUAAGCAGGGCGAAAGGAAGGAAGUAUUGAAAGAUCCACCCUUAACACCUCCUUCCAAAAACAUGCCCAAAAAUGAUAAUGUUGUUUUAUUUCACAGUAGUCCCCUUUUCGAUCGUUUAGGAACCUCUCUAUACCACAAUACUAAACCCUCCAAGGCCGAAGAACCGUGGUUUUCAAAUUUUGAAGUUUGUUCUGAACCGCCUCAGCCAUCACUUUAUUCUAGUGGCUUUGGUCCUGAGGGAACAGAUGAAUUACUAGACUCAAGUUUUUGUAAUGAUUGGUAAAAUGUUUUUUCGUUACAUGGAAUACACAUGAUUCAGGGAACGUUCCGGGUUGAAUUGCUUAUUUGCAGUCCAUAUGUUUAGUUUGUACGCAUUUGUUUUAUUUAUUAUUUUAUCUUAUGAUUAGCAAUGAUAUUUCACAUUCUUAAUGUC